AUGAGUCUCUCCCUGCCUUUCCACUGUUGGCUGUGGCUGACAUGCCUGUUCACCUGGCGGAUCGUGGCUGACAACAAGUCGCAGCCCGUGUCUGUCUUUCGAUCGCGACCGGACCUGGUGGCGCCGAUUCUCAGUGUCUUCACGCAUGUUCCGGAAAAGCAGGCGCCUGGGUAUUACUUUGUGGCGCCGUAUCAGCAGGCCCAGGAAUCGGUCUAUAUCUACGACAACGAGGCGGACCUGGUGUAUUCCGGCUUUGGGAACGUCGGCCCAGGCAUCAGCCAUGCGCCUCAGACGUGUCGGUACAAGGGCGACAUCCAUCUGUGCUUCUACCAAGGCAGCCAGAUGGUGGGAUGGGGCCACGGCCACGGCGUGAUCAUGGACCGACACUAUCGCAUUGUCCGAUCCGUGGAGCCGGGCAGCCACCAGGCAUCCUCGGACAUGCAUGAGUUCAAGCUGAUCCAUGACGGCCGGUCCGCUCUGAUGACCCAGUACCUCCGGCGCGUGUACGAUCUGUGCGCGUGGGAUCUGUGCGACGGCCUGGGCUACAUCCAGCAGGGGGCGUUUCAAGAAGUCGACGUCGAGACGGGCAAGGUGCUGUUCGAAUGGCACAGUUUGGACCAUGUCGAUCCCCGCGAGAGCUACGUCGGCCCCAGCAGCACCGAGAUCAGUGGCAGCGGCGAGCGACCGGACAGCCCGUGGGAUUACUUCCACAUCAACUCGAUCGACAAGAAUGAGGACGGCGACUACCUGAUUUCCGCCCGGCACGUGUCGGCCGUGUACAAGGUGUCGGGGGUCGACGGCCACCUGAUCUGGCGGCUGAACGGGGCCCGGUCGGACUACCAUCUGGCCGGGUUUUCCUUCUCGUUCCAGCACGACGCCCGCUUCGUGUCGGAGAACGAGACGCACACGGUCAUCUCGCUCUUCGACAACGGCUCCAACGGCUUCAACCAGACUCAACCUCAUUCCACCGGCCAGCUGAUCAGCCUGGACCACCGCACCCGGGUGGCGACGUGUCUGGUGAACCUCGACCCGCCCGUGGUGGACGGCCACGCGCACGUUUCGAAAUCGCAGGGCAAUCUGCAGCGGCUGGCGAACGGCAAUCUCCUGAUGGGCUGGGGCAACGACGCAUUCUGGACCGAGUACACGGCCGACCACGAGAUCGUCUUCUACGGCGCGCUGGGCUGGAGCAAUGUCAUGAACUACCGGGUGCACAAGUUCGACAACUGGGUGGGACAGCCGCUGACGAAGCCGGCCCUGUGGACGUACUCACAGCACGGCGAGGAGAUGACGCUGUACGUCUCGUGGAACGGGGCCACCGAGGUCGCGUCAUGGCGCUUCUUUGGCCGCGACGAGGCGAAACCGGGGCCCGAGCCCUGGCAUCAACUCGGUGUCGUGCCCAAGACUGGCUUUGAGACCGUGUACAGCCAGGCGUGUAUGCACCGGUUCACGUACGCAGAAGCGCUAGACAAGGCCGGACAAGUGCUGGGCGCCUCGGCCGUGGAACAGACGUACCAACAGCAACAGCAACAGCAACAGCAACAGCAACAGCAACAGCAACAGCAACAGCAACAGCAACAGCAACAGCAACAGCAACAGCAACAGCAGCAACAGCAACAGGCACAGGGGCAUUUGGCCACCCAAGCUCGGACGAGGAAGAGGGCGGAAAUCUACGCCGGCACUUUUGGAGGGCUGGCCGUCGUCGUCGUUGUCAUCCUGGUCGCCGUACUGGCCACCAGGAAGAUCGGGGCUCGUACUCGUCCGGGCCAUGCUCUGGUGCGUCGGGUCUGGAGUUGUCUCGGGUCGAUGGCGAUGGCAGGCAAGAACGAUAGACGAAGGCCGAGUGUUGGUGUUGGGGUCGGAUACCACGCUCUGGCGAUGGAGGAUCAGGACGACCAAGGCCAUGGAGGGCCGUCAUGA